CGCUUCCGGCUCUCCAGGCACGAGGGUCCCGGGAGCCAAGCUAGCGGAAAAAUGAGGCCUUUGACUGAAGAAGAGACCCGGGUAAUGUUUGAGAAGAUUGCGAAAUACAUUGGCGAGAAUCUACAACUCCUGGUGGACAGACCCGACGGCACCUACUGUUUCCGGCUGCACAACGACCGAGUGUACUAUGUGAGUGAGAUGAUCCUGAAGCUGGCUGCCAACAUCUCCGGAGAUAAGCUAAUGUCACUGGGGACGUGUUUUGGGAAGUUUACUAAGACCCACAAGUUCCGGUUGCACAUAACAGCUCUGGAUUACCUUGCACCCUAUGCCAAGUAUAAAGUAUGGAUAAAGCCUGGAGCGGAGCAGUCUUUCUUGUAUGGAAACCAUGUGUUGAAAUCUGGUCUGGGUCGGAUUACUGAGAACACAUCUCAAUACCAGGGAGUAGUGGUUUAUUCCAUGGCAGACAUUCCUUUGGGUUUUGGGGUGGCAGCAAAGUCUACCCAAGACUGCAGAAAAGUGGACCCCAUGGCAAUUGUGGUGUUCCAUCAAGCAGACAUUGGGGAGUACGUACGCCAUGAAGAGACACUGACUUAGGAUGGUCAUCCCAAGAACAUUUUGCUGUGUGAGAGGACUUAGCUCUGUUUCCUGUGUGCAGGCCAUCAUGUUAAAUCUGGAUGCCACUGAGAUAUGCAGCUUGGAUUCUUAUCAACAGAAGUAGCUCAAAAAUAGGGUUUCUGGCCCUCUAGAGGCAAAAGCAGGGUGGGUCACAAGUAUAAGGCCGGCUCAGGCUACUUGGCAAGUUCAAGACUUGCCUGGGCUACAUAGUGAGACUUGUCUCAAAAAAAAAACCAAACCAGACCCUGUGAGUGUCUGAGUAAAUAGAGUGUUUCUGUUUUGUAUCCGCGUCACCCUUGUUUGAAUCAGACUUGCUCUGAGUGAUGGUUACUUCACUGGGAUAGGAGUAAUCUUACUGUUAUCUGUGAUAACGCUGUUUUCCAGGCUCAUAAUAGCACAGUAGACUUUCUAUUGUUAAUUAAUGUUAUUAAAGGUAGAAACAGCCAUAUAAGGAUAGUGGUUUUACAUAUGGAAUUUAAUAAAUUUUAAUGGUUUUACAUUUA